AUGACUACCGCCUCGAAGGUCCAUCUGUCGUCGUCGCAGCAACCUGUGUUCUACGUGCCGGGAAUUACGUCUGACACUGCCAAUAUGACAAACGAGCUUUUGCAGGAGAACCAUGACAAGCAUCACAUUUAUUUCAACUAUGCUGGAUUUCAUAAUCAUAUCGCCCACCAUCUGCUCUCCCUCUUUGCUCUCAAUGCUACGCCUGCUGAGCUUCUGCAAGGGUGGAAUGACAACGUGUCCUACCAGAGAUCACCGGUGCCUCUUAGGGGGUCUAUUGUCGCCGACAUGUACGACCCAAAAAAAUACAAGACCUACCUAGGCAGAGAAAGACACUACCAUAACUUCUCGGUCUUCUUUGAAGAAGAGAUGGACAAGAAGGGCUGGCAGGAGGUGCUCAACGAGUACUUGUUCAAAGGGGAUGAACAGGCUGACGACAUGCUCGUGCGCAUGUUUGGUGGCAUCCUGCAUCCGAUCAUCCAUCUAGGCUUCGGUGUUGAGUUCGAGCAACCCGCAAUUAUUGCGGAGGCUUUGGCGCAAGCCGCUGUCCACGACAAAAGGGAAGCGUCACACUUGAUCGAAAGUGAGAAAGCGGCAAUGGCCUACAGUCCAGAUGCCCGAUCCUAUACAACAAUAGUCCAGCUUGUAGAAGAAAUUUACGGUGGCACGAGGUGGUUUUCAAAGGACCAAACUAAAUACGCCAGUCGGGUGCAUGUCACGGAAGAGACACUGGAAGAAAAAAUGGCAGAAAUGAUUAACGCAGCUGGUGAGCUUUCAACUCCAAUACUACAGCCAGCACUUGUUUUUAACCUCUUGACAGUAUACUUCACCGGUGCCGCACAGCAUCCGCCGCACCAGGUCAAAUUCGACUUUUGGAAUAUACACGCCGUAAAUCUCAGCCUCUUUUUCAGUGCAUUCCUACGACAGCCAUGGCUUUCAACGCCCAAUAAGAUCCGCCUCCUCGAAUGGAAGAUUCGCGUCGACUUGGACAUGUACGCAUCGCCACGCCCUGCGAAGCUCCUUCUCGACGAAAUCACUAAUUACAAGUCAAAGAAAGAUUCAUCGUGGGAAGAGAUAUUUAAGCGUGUAAGGGCCUACCACGACGACGGACAUGCCUGCAAGCUUGUUCGCGCCCUUGGACAUGGAGAACAGGUUUGCAAAAAAUACGAGGACAAGGACGGAUUCAUGAUUAAGGGCGAUAUGUGGAGAAAGCUAGGCAACAUGGCUAUCGACAGUGUGGAAGCAGGGUCGCCGGACUAUGUGCGAAGCGGUGCCUGGUCGAGUGUGCCAUUGCGUGAUCAAUCAAGGAUGUGA